AUGUUUUGUAAAUGUGGUACAAUUAUAACCGUAGAAAAAGAUAGUAGUGAAAUUAAAUGUGUUAGAUGCAGUGCUAUACUAGACACAUCACAUCUUGAUACUGUAGUUAUGCAAAAAACAUUCAAAAUAGAAGAAGAAGUUGAACUGAAAGAAGUUAAAGGAGCUAAAAUUAAAUACCAGUGUCCUGGUUGUAAUGCAGAAGAGAUGAUGUAUAAUACUGCACAAUUACGAUCUGCUGAUGAAGGACAGACUGUUUUUUAUACAUGUGAUUGUGGGUAUAAACUUACAGUUCAAUCUUGA